AAACGGUUCAACCGACGUGAAUAGAUCCACGAGUUGUUAAAACCGUGCCAUAAACACUUAGAAAGUGUGUGUGCGUCUCAGCCAGUGGACAUGUGCGUUUUUGCACGCGCAUGAAAUCAGGGUAGUCCUAGCUUUUUCAGUUAGCAGUAAUCGCUCCUCGGAUAAACCUCGUUGGCUAAGAUGCUGCCACUGCUCAAAGCUAGUCCUAACUUUCUAUGUCCUGUCUGCUACAUGUUUGUGUGAUUUGUCGUAAGGUGCUAAGUUCUUUAAUUCUCGGUUUUUCCACUCAAACACAUUGGUAUUUAGCUCACAGGUACUUCUGAGGGCCCUAACUCCAUGACCUCAUCUAAACCUAAUUACCUCCCAAAGGCCUUAUUCCCAAAUACACAUGAGUUUGAGGGCUGCUUUUUUUUUUUUUUUUUAAGUAGGUUCCAUGCCCGAGCUGGGGCUUGAACUCACAACUCUGAGAUCAAGAGUCACAUGCUCUACAGACUGAACAAGCUAGGCACGGCUGGAGGACAUAAAUAUUAACUCCAUAACAGAUGCCGGCUUCCUAGAAUGAUGCACUUCCUAUAAAGGAAGAAACGUAGAUCUCAAGUCUAGAAACUCAUUCUUGCCGAGGAUACCUUUGAUGAGACACCCGAAUACUGAAAAUGACCAAGUCCCAGGGCUUGUUGUCAUUCAGUGAUGUGGCUGUGGAUUUCACCUGGGAAGAAUGGCAGCUGCUAGAUACUGUUCAGAGGAACCUCUACCGGGAUGUGAUGUUGGAAAAUUAUAGCAACCUAAUGUCAUUGGGUUAUCAAGUUACUAGACCAGAAGCAAUGGUCCACUUGGAGAAAGAACAAGGAGUGCUAGAGAGAGAAUUCCCAAGUCCGUCUGGUCCCGAAAGACCACGUCAGUGUUUCUCAAGAGGAAUACAUCUGGAACAAAAGUCAGAUUCGAAAUUUCAGAGCAAAAACUAUGCAGAAAUGAAUUGUGAUGAAUUAAACAGCCACGGGAAACCAUUUUUCCAUACUCUGCAUGAAACCUGCCAUACUCAGGCCCCGUACAGCGAACAUAAUUUCUUUGUGAAGACGUUCAGCAUGGCAAAAAAUCUUAAAAGACAUCACAGAAUCCACGUAGAACGGAAACCUUAUGAAUGUAGUGAGUGUCCAAAAUCCUUCAGGUAUAAGUCAAAGCUCAUAAUACACCAGAGAACUCAUACAGGAGAGAAGCCGUACAGAUGCCCUGAAUGUCAGAAAGCUUUCAGUACAAAAUGUCAUCUCACUCUACACCAGAGAACUCAUACAGGAGAGAAGCCGUACAGAUGCCCUGAAUGUCAGAAAUCUUUCAGAACAAAGUAUCAUCUCAUUCUCCACCACAGGACUCAUACAGGAGAGAAACCCUAUGAGUGCAAAGAGUGUGGAAAAGCUUACAGGGAGAAGACAAAGCUCAGAUUGCAUUACAGAACGCAUACAGGAGAGAAACCUUUUGAGUGUACUGAUUGUGGGAAAGGUUUUAUGCAGAAGUCAAACCUGAUGAUCCACCAAAGAACUCAUACAGGAGAUAGACCCUAUGGAUGUAGAGAAUGUGAGAAGACCUUCUGUAGUAAGUCUCAGCUUGCUGUUCACCAGCGAACUCAUACAGGAGAAAAAUCGUACGAAUGCAAGGAAUGCGGGAAAGCCUUCAGUAAAAACUCGCAUCUCCUGACACAUCAGAGAAUUCAUAGAGGAGAGAAACCUUAUGAAUGCAGUGAGUGUGGAAAAGCUUUUGUACACACAUCACAGCUUAUUGUACAUCAGAGAAAUCAUACAGGAAGAAAACCUUACGAAUGCAAGGAAUGUGGGAAGGCCUUCAAUAAAAAGUCACACUUCAUAACACAUCAGCGAAUCCAUACGGGAGAGAAGCCUUAUGAAUGCAGCGAGUGUGGAAAAGCUUUUAUAGACAAUUCACAGCUUAUUGUUCAUCGAAGAACUCACACGGGAGAGAAGCCUUACGAAUGCAAGGAAUGUGGGAAGGCCUUUAAUAAAAAGUCAUCCCUCAUAACACAUCAGAGAAUUCAUACAGGAGAGAAGCCUUACAAAUGCAGUGAAUGUGGAAAAGCUUUUAUAGACAAGUCACAUCUCAUUGUCCAUCAGCGAACUCAUACGGGAGAGAAACCCUAUGAAUGCAGUGAAUGUGGAAAAGCUUUCAUACGAAAGGCAAUGCUCAUUGUCCAUCAGAGAACACACACAGGAGAGAAACCUUUUGUGUGUCCCGAAUGCCAAAAAGCCUUUAGCAGUAUGGCCAUGCUUAGUAGACAUCAGUUGAUUCAUACAGGAGAGAAACCCCACGGAUGCAAGGAAUGUGGAAAAGCUUUCCGCCAAAAAAGCCAUCUUAUUAUCCAUCAGCGGUGCCAUACUGGAGAGAAACCCUAUGGAUGUGUUCCAUGUGGUCAGAUCUUCAACCAGAAGUCCCAGCUCAUUAGGCAUCAGAGACGCCACACAGGAGAGAAACCGUAUCAGUGCACUCAGUGUGGAAAAGCCUUUUUUGAGAAAUCAUAUCUCAGUGUCCAUCAGAGAAGUCACACAGGACAGAAACCUUAUCAGUGUAAUGAGUGUGGGAAAACGUUCUCUGUCAAGUUCUUUCUCACUUCACAUGAGGAAAUUCAUACUGGAAAGAAAUCUCAGGAGCACGGUGACCACUGGAAAGACUUUAGUGAGAUGUCAGAUUUCACUGAAUACAAGAGAAAUCACUCAAGACACACCCUAUGAAUGAAAGUUAGGAUACAUUUGGUCAGUGUCAGUUUAAGAGAACUUACCCAGGAGAGAGAUCUUUAAAUGCAGUGAAUAUAAGAAAAUUACCUACCACCAGUGUAGCCUCAUUUCAUUGAGGAAGGGCAUAUGAAUGAGGUGAAAAGUCAAAAUCUUUUCUUGACAGGUUCCCACCUGUCCUCCCAUUAUACAUAACACAGAAAUGAAACCUGAGUGCAACAAAUGUUUUUGAUGGGUCAUCCUCUGAUAGGGAAAAAAAAAGACCUCACAAAUGUUGCAGAUCCUGGAAUACUUUGCAAACAAAUGAGCUUUCAUACCAAAGAAAAUAGACACUGAAGACUUGUGAUGGGGAAUGCCUCUGGCAUGAAGUCUAAACUUAAUGUGCAUCAGAUUACACUUAUUAAGAAUUAGUGUGGUAUAAUGGUGCUAGGAAAGGUUGCUUACAUAUAACCUUUAGAACAAAAAUUUCAUUCCUGUCACAUUGCCGUUUAUUUAAGGAAAAUACAUGAAGUAGUCAGGAAAAGCAAAUAACUUAGGCAUGCCAAAGGACACUUUGCCUCAUGUUUGAAUAUAUUGGAUAGUCAAAGCACUAAAUUAAGAAUGAUCCAAGAUGAAUGUAUUAGCUUUGCUUUACGUCUGUUUUUGUAGUACAUGUAUAUAGUAAUUUCAUGUUUAAUAAGCUCAUGAAAGGAAGUUGUAUAUCACAAAAUUCUUGUUUGUUUGUAAUGUGUAGUAUCCAUCAAGAAAUGCCAACGUUGUGGGGCGCCUGGGUGGCUCAGUGGGUUAAGCCGCUGCCUUCGGCUCGGGUCAUGAUCUCAGGGUCCUGGGAUCGAGCCCCGCAUCGGGCUCUCUGCUCAGCGGGGAGCCUGCUUCCU